GGUAUGGUAGCUAGAAAUGAAAGAAGAAAUGGUAGAUAUUUUGGAUUAUUGGAAGUCUCCUCAAUAGCCGCAUAGACAUUUUUGCCUUGGUGGUGGCCCUGGUGGGUGAGUCUAACAGGCGCUUUUGAUAACCACCGGCAAAAGAUAUUUUUUGUGUUUAUAUUGGUCUUUCUCUUUUUUCAAAGUCCUCCGAGUUUUGAUUGUGAUGUGAAGUACACCGGCAAAAGAUAUUUUUUGUGUUUCUAUUGGUCUCUUUUUUCAAAGUCCUCCGAGUUUUGAUUGUGAUGUGAAGUAUGGAAACUAGAAUCUUUUAUUCUUCUUACUUAUUUUUGUACUUAAAAAAAUUAAUACUUAUGCACCAAAUUCAUUAUUGUAUAAAUAUGUGACAAGUAUUUGAAUAGAUCUAAUACGCAAUAAAACUGAACUCAAGCCGGUUCCCAAAUUAAGUUGUUUUAAAUGUGGUCAUGUGUUUGGAGUUGGAUCACUACUUGGCAACAUGAUGGAUGCACCUUCCUAGUUCCUAUACACUUGGCACCUUCGUCUACCACGUGUUUGUGAUAUUUAGCAGAGAUGUAAUCAAACCAGUAAUAAUUAUGUAGCACGUAUUAAAAAUUAUUUAUCAUGUAUUCAUUUCUCACAAUAUGUGUGAGGUGCAGGAAUAUUCUCUCUCUCUCUCUCUCUCUCUCUCUCUCACACACACAUAUAAUUUGCCAUUAGGGGUCAAUUUUUGGUGUCCGUAUUUCUAACCCAUGUUACUUAAAUCUGCAGACAAGUUUGUGGUGUCAGUAAUUUUCUCUUUUGUUAACAAGUGUUUGGACAUCUGUAUUCCUUUCCAAUGCAUAUUAUUUAGAAUUCUUCAGUUGGACUUAAAAAAAGGAAUAAUAUAUGACUCACCUAAAGCAGGAACUGAAGUGAGAACCUCUGCAUAGUUUGUUUUACCGCAAAAUAAAAAUGGCCACAAAUGCUAGUGCAUGUCCGGCAGCCAUGCAGGCUACAUCAAAUGGGUUGUUCCAAGGGGAUAAUCCUCUUCAUUUUUCACUCCCCCUUGCCAUCGUGCAGAUAUGUCUUGUGGUUGCACUCACACGUAUUCUUGCUUUUCUUUUGAGGCCAUUAAGACAGCCUCGGGUGAUUGCAGAGAUUGUGGGUGGAAUAUUACUUGGUCCGUCUGCUCUAGGUCACAACCAGGACUAUCUAAAUGCAAUUUUUCCAUCUAGAAGCCUCACAGUGUUGGAUACUUUAGCCAAUCUUGGUCUGCUCUUCUUUUUAUUUCUUAUAGGCCUAGAGUUAGACCCAAGGUCAAUUCGUCGGACUGGAAAGAAAGCUUUAUGCAUAGCCAUGGCGGGAAUCAGCUUUCCCUUUGCAUUAGGAAUUGGAACAUCAUUUGUCCUCAAAGGAAGUAUUUCCAAAGGUGUAGAUGGACCCCCAUUUCUUGUGUUCAUGGGGGUCGCCCUUUCUAUUACCGCCUUCCCUGUCUUGGCCCGAAUUUUGGCUGAACUUAAGCUAUUAACCACUGAUGUUGGCCGAAUGGCCAUGUCAGCAGCAGCUGUCAAUGAUGUGGCUGCAUGGAUUCUACUUGCUCUUGCCAUUUCCCUCUCUGGUACUGGCCGUUCUCCUCUUGUUUCAUUAUGGGUUUUCUUGUGUGGAGCUGGUUUUGUUCUAUGUCUGUCAAUCAUUGUCCCUCCUAUCUUUAAAUGGAUGGCACAGCGUUGCCCCGAGGGUGAGCCAGUUGACGAGUUGUAUGUAUGUGCUACUUUAGCUGCAGUUUUGGCAGCUGGGUUUGUCACUGAUGCUAUUGGAAUUCAUGCCCUCUUUGGUGCAUUUGUCAUGGGAGUUCUUGUCCCAAAGGAAGGGCCAUUUGCAGGUGCUCUUGUGGAAAAAGUUGAGGAUCUUGUAUCUGGUCUCUUCCUUCCAUUGUACUUCGUCUCAAGUGGAUUGAAAACCAAUAUAACUACAAUUCGAGGACCUCAGUCAUGGGGUCUUCUUGUUUUAGUCAUUGUUACAGCAUGUUUUGGGAAGAUUGUUGGUACUGUAGUUGUCUCCCUUCUUUGCAAAGUGCCUGUUCAGGAGGCUGUAGCUUUGGGGAUCCUGAUGAAUACUAAAGGCUUGGUGGAACUCAUUGUCCUCAACAUUGGCAAAGACAGAAAGGUAUUGAAUGAUCAAACAUUUGCUAUCAUGGUUCUGAUGGCUAUCUUCACAACCUUUAUUACGACACCUUUAGUUAUGGCAGUAUAUAAGCCAGCUAAAAGAAUGAGUAAGGCCUAUCACAAGAAUAGAACAAUUGAGAGAAAUGAUUCAAAUGCUCAACUUCGGAUUUUGGCCUGUUUCCACAGUACUACAAACAUCCCUGCGAUGAUUAAUCUCAUUGAGGCUUCACGUGGGACUGAAAAGAAAGAAGGACUUUGUGUGUAUGCAUUGCAUCUCAUGGAGCUAACUGAGAGGCCAUCUGCAAUUCUGAUGGUCCACAAGGCAAGAAAGAAUGGGCUACCCUUUUGGAAUAAGGGGCGGCAUUCAGAUCACAAUCAAAUUGUUGUAGCUUUUGAGGCCUUCCAGCAGCUAAGCCGUGUGUCCAUUCGCCCAAUGACAGCAAUAUCUCCAAUGACUAACAUUCACGAGGACAUAUGCACGAGUGCUGAGAGUAAAGGAGCAUCAAUGAUAAUUCUCCCAUUCCACAAACAUCAGAGGUUUGAUGGAGCAUUGGAGACAACUCGAAAUGAUUAUCGUUGGGUUAACCGGAGAGUUCUUGAGCAUGCACCAUGCUCUGUGGGGAUCUUGGUGGACCGUGGACUUGGUGGAAGCACCCAUGUAUCUGCAAGCAAUGUUUGUUCAACCUUAACUGUCUUAUUCUUUGGGGGUGGUGAUGAUCGCGAAGCCCUUGCCUAUGGGGCUCGAAUGGCUGAACACCCUGGUAUUAGUUUAACAGUCAUUCACUUCAUAAUAAGCCCUGAGAUUGCACAAGAGGUUGUUAAUAUUGGUGAAACCUCCAAUACUUCAGAAGGAUCUGGAGAUGAAAAGUUUCUUGUUGAAUUCAAACAAAAGUAUUUAAAGGACAGCUCAAUCAAAUUUGAAGAGAGAGUUGUGAGAAAUGCUGCAGAAACUAUUGAUGUCAUUUUAGAAUGUAGUCGAUGUGAUCUGUUUUUGGUCGGUAGAAUGCAUGAGGUUACUACUUUAAAUGUGAAGAGUGAUUGCCUUGAACUGGGCCAAGUUGGUAGCUUGUUGACUUCUCCUGAUUUCUCAACAUCAGCAUCAGUAUUGGUGGUGCAACAGUAUCAUAACCAGAGAGUUUCAAAUUCAGGGUCUGCUAAGAGAGUAGUAAUAUUACCGGAUGAAGAUACAAAUGUGUUGCCUGAGGAAGAUUUGGAAUCUAAAUGAUUAACUUUCUUUGAUCUAUUAAUGUACAGAAAGAAAAAACAAAUUUUUUUGUACAUUCUUUAGUUUUCCACAGUUGUCACAGUUUAUACUUCGGAAUAUGUCUCCUACGUGUCUGGUUUAUUUAACACUUCCCCACACCCAAUAAAAAAAAAAAUGUCGUUACUUUGUUUA